AAUGUUGCGUUCACUCACACAGUACGAUAGUCUGUUUUCGAUAGUGAUGAUUGGCUGAUUUACUUUCAAUUUGUCUUCUCCUUUAUUUGGAUUAUUUAUUUUGAUUUCUUUCUUGUGUUAAUCUUUCUUGUGAAAUCGAUUUAUGUACUGAAAGACAUACUUAUUACCGUGCAUAUUGUUUCUGAAUUCUUUUUCUUUUCUUGUAAUUCCACAUUUACAUGUUUUUAUAAAAUAAUAAAUAAAGUACAUUACUGAAGUACAUUAUAUUAUAUAAAAAUCGUGGAAUUUUGUGCAAGUGUUUUCUCUAUUAUAACAUUAUAUAAUUCGAUAACUUGAAAAUUUUUUUAUUGUUUAAUUUGUAUAUUGUGUAUUUUUAUUCGUGAAGAAAUCCAAAUAUAUCAGGACACUAUGUCGGUAUCUGAAAAAAUAAAAAUGAAUGUAUAUGGUGGAACAAAAAAUGAUGGACUUAAUGUUGUAAAAGUACAUGAAAUUCAAUUUUCAAAAUCAAAAUGACAAAUUGAACAACUUAAUUUAGAUGAAGUGAAUGUCAAAAACAAAUAACUUUCUACUAUUUUAUGUGAAGUGAAACAAUUUCACGAAGGAAUUUCUUCAAUUUAUCUUAAACUGGUGACUUAUUAAUGAUUAUAAAGAUCGCAAUUUGUUAAUUCGGCAUCAGAUUAUCAAGUUUUGAAACAGGAUAGUGUGUUUGCCACGAAAGAUUUCAUUUGAUAUAGAAGGAGAAAAAUUUCAUUGACAAACGUGAAAGUCAUUAUGGAAAUGUCGGACGACGAUUCUUAUGAUUUUUGGAAGAACUGGGACUUGAAGAAUUUAACGGAAGCCGAAUAUUUGACCAAAGUACUUGGACCUAAAUAUUUAUCUAUGAGGAUGGUCAUACCGCUCACGAUAAUAUAUAUGAUAAUUUUUAUAACUGGUAUUUUCGGGAACAUCGUCACAUGUAUCGUAAUCAUAAAAAAUUCUGCGAUGCAAACGGCCACCAAUUACUACUUGCUCAGUCUGGCUAUAUCUGACCUUAUUCUACUUGUAUUGGGAUUACCUAAUGAACUGAGCCUGUUUUGGCAACAAUAUCCAUGGGUUCUAGGAGUUAGUCUUUGCAAAAUAAGAGCAUACAUAUCGGAAAUGUCCUCUUAUGUAUCAGUCCUUACGAUAGUAGCUUUCUCUAUGGAAAGAUAUUUGGCUAUUUGUCAUCCGCUUCGUGUUUAUACGAUAAGCGGUCUCAAAAGACCGAUACGUUUCAUUUUAGCUGCUUGGUCGAUUGCACUGAUCUCUGCCAUACCAUUUGCAAUUUAUACGAAAGUCAACUUGGUCGAAUAUCCACCAGAAUCAGGGAAUUAUUCGGCCGAUUCCGCGAUUUGCGCUAUGCUUUUACCGUACAUGCCUGAUUUUCCUUUGUACGAGUUGAGUACUAUUAUAUUCUUCUUGAUACCAAUGUUAAUUAUCUUGGUGGUGUAUACUAGAAUGGGUUUGAAAAUCAGAAAUAGUACGAACAAUACUUUGAACUCUGUGGUACAAGGCUCUAUUCACGGAGAUUCGAGACAAAUUCAAUCUCGAAGAUCCGUGAUUAAAAUGUUAAGUGCCGUGGUUAUUUUAUUUUUUAUUUGUUGGGCUCCUUUUCACACUCAACGAUUACUCUACGUUUAUGCGCAAGAAUCUGAUUAUUAUCCAGACUUGAACGAAUGGUUGUAUAUUUUAAGCGGAUGUCUUUAUUAUUUCAGUACAACUAUAAAUCCAAUUUUAUAUAAUUUGAUGAGCAUGAAGUAUAGGAAGGCGUUUAAGCAAACAAUUUGUUGUAAAACGAGGAUAAUAGCCAGAAGAAGUUGGGCCACGAGAGAGUCUCAAAUGUGUAAUAACAGUUCGAGCGACAAAGCACGAAAUUCAAGCUUCAGAUGUUCUAUGAAAUAUACUAUUAAUCAAGCGAAAGAAAUGUUUCGAUUUACUCCAAGUCAAGAAAAUGGUGGCAGAGAUAAAAACAUGAAAGAUAAUGUUCCUCGUAAAUCAUAUAUACUGAAGAAGGAAGAUUCUACAUCGAGACCUCUUCUCAAUCGAAUGCAUUCCGCACAAGAAAAAUGGGAGAACAAAAAUUUAGAAUGUAAAAUGAAAGACGAAAAAUCCAUGUCUACAUCUAGCAGCAUUUUGUAACUUAAAUUGUAUAUUUUUAAAUGUUAAAUUAUUGUAUAUAAAAUAAUGUUAAAUUAAG